GAUGUAUUUAUUGUUUAUGAUGAUGAAGAUAUAACUUGGAUAAAGAAUGUUUUAUUAAAACGACUAGAAGAUAUUGAAAAACCUUAUUAUAAAACGAUUCUUAGAGAUAGAGAUUUUCUACCUGGCGUAGAUGAAGCUGAAAAUGUUAACGAUGCUAUCUCCAAUAGUUAUUGUACCUUAUUUAUAUUCUCGAACAAUUUUCUACAAAAUGAAUUGUGUCUAUAUACUUUCCAUUCUGCUUAUAAGCAAAUGUUAAAGGAAAAAGACAUAAAAAUUGUGAUAAUUUUAAAAGAUAAGAUAGAAGUUGAUAAUUUAAACGAUGAUUUGAAAGCUUAUUUUAGACAACAUACAUAUCUUGAAGUUAAUGAUAAAAUAUUCUGGGAUAAAUUAGUUCAUGCUUUGCCCAGAAAUUCUCAACACAUCCCGCAGAAGCCGAUUCUUAAUUGUGAAUAA